AUGGCGGCCCGGGUGCUGCUGCGGGCGGUGCGGGUGGUGCUGCCCGGCCCGGCCCGCGGCUACGCCAAGAAGCCGGCUAUGAAGUUCAAGGGCAAGAACGUGCCAAAGGAGGGACUGAAGGGGCCGGAGGUGUGCACAGACCCCACCAUGCUCACCACCUACGCCAUGGGGGUCAAUUACUUCAAGGACGGGCCGGAGGUGGCCCUGAAGCCCGAUUCUGAGUACCCAGACUGGCUCUUUAAGAUCCACCUCGGGCCCCCCAAGAAGCUAGAGGAGCUGGACCCCGACUCAAUCGAGUAUUGGAGGCGCCUGCGGAAGUACAACACAUGGCACCGCAACAGGCUGAAGAAGGGCAAGAAGCUGUAGGUGCUGCAGAGCUCAGGGUGCACAGGACACCAUGAGUGCCAGCGCGGGUGGCGCUGGGAAUAGCUCCCGCUUUUGUUCUCUUCUUGCUAUAAAUUAGUAAUAAAUCUCUGGUGAGGCCGA